UUUAAUAGUCACGCAGAAACGUUGUCUCUUGGCUUAGUGGCCGCAAGCGCGUUUCGCUUCUCGCGUUUCAUUGACUUUUAUUUUUGUUGCGGAUGCCGGUUCCCGAUGGAACAACUUUUACACAUUUUCGUUGUUGCGAAAUAUUCGACUUUUUGGUAGCAUUGCGUAUGUGCUAUGUGUUGUUUAUCUUUGCCUAAAAGGUUCGCAGUGUGUGUAUCUUGUUAUCUACGUUUUAUGUGAAGCUAAAAUGCAGCUGAAUGCCUCCCUGAUAUCGAUACUGCCGAUACCCGUAUUGAAGUUUUAGUGAACCACUUCCGAAGCAUUUUGGUGAUGAUAAUUUAUGUAUCAAGUAUCGAAAAAGUGGAUCAACUUUUUUGUUGAAGUUGUGUGAGUGUGUUCAGAAAAUACACGAUUUUAGUCGCUUUGCGCGACAUGUUUUCUGUGUUUGAAAAUAAUAGAUACCGACCGAAAAUUACAUAUUUAUAAAAUUGGGUUCCUAACCUUCGGAGAGAAAUACCGUUGAGAAGAAAAAAAAUCGUGUUGGUUGAGUGGCGUUUUUGUGUCAAAACAAGGUUGUGCGCGAGACAGCAUCAAAGAAACACCGGCUUUUAUGCACACGUGGUUUGUUUCAGUUCAUUCAUAAAAAGAAACUCAGAUAUCAUCAUCAAUAGGAUAAUCCGGUUGCAAGUGUUUGAAACGGUGUGGAAGCCAAAAAGACCAUAACAUUUUAGAACCAGUAACAUCAGAAUACUAACCUGUUCUAUCCCACAACAAUUGUUGCCCUUUCAUCCUCAAGUAAACCAUGCCGCCCCAAAACUCGAUCGAGAUGGUUCCAAAGUCGGACACCGAAAAUGACACCAAAAGAGUUCAAAAUGGAAAUGCAAACAAUUCUAAAGUGGUGAAUGGCAUAGAACCACCGACCACAUCGGUAAUCGUCCCGCCGGAUGGAGGUUGGGGAUGGGUGGUGAUGAUAGCGUCGUUUUUCUGCAACAUUGUGGUCGAUGGUAUUGUGUUCAGUGCCGGUAUGUUCCAAGAUCCUAUCCGGCUGGAUUUUGGCGUUGGCAAAGCUGAGGUUGCAUUGGUCAGCUCACUGCUCAGUGGUUUUUAUUUGCUCACGGGCCCAUUUGUAAGCGCGCUUGCGAAUCGGUGGGGAUUUCGUCCGGUUACAAUUUUGGGUGCAUUCAUCGCAUCGACGGGCUUUGCUCUUUCGUACUAUGGAAACAGCCUUGGUUACUUGUACGUCACUUAUGGAGUAAUUGGAGGCAUCGGUUUUUGCUUUAUUUAUGUGCCAUCCGUUAUAACCGUUGGGUAUUACUUCGAAAAGUGGCGAGCCCUGGCAACUGGUAUCGCACUUUGUGGCUCAGGCGUUGGCACGUUCGUAUUUGCACCUCUUAGUUCUAUGUUGAUCAACCAAUUCGGAUGGAGAGGUGCUCUUCUGGCUCAAGCCGGAAUUAUUCUACUGUGUGCUUUAUUUGGAUGCAUUUUUAAGCCUAUUCAACCCAUACAAGUCACUAUAACGAAGGAUGAGGACACUCCAAUAGAAAAGGGAACACUGUUGGGUGAGGGACUUCCAAUCGUAUACACCAAACCGCUGCCAGAAGGACGUUUCGCAUAUUCCGUUCCAAACAGUUCUCAUAAUACGUGGAUGGGAGCAAGCCCAAACACUCAAUACCCAACCGCAGCAGAAGUAUUCCGCGGAAGUGGACAUAACCUUGAACGAAGACCAUCAAAUAACUCCGGCUUACUAACGCACGAAAAUAUCCAGACCACAACGAAAAAGCUUGAGCAGCUGUCCAAGAUUCAAAAAAGACUAGCCGGCCAGAUGACUCCUGAGGAUACCAUACAUGCCCCACGCUUCCCAAUCGCACAUCAUGAACUGAAUACCGUAGGAGAGGCAGCUGAAGAAGAGGAAACUGAAAAUGGUACACUUCUCACUGGAGAACAGAAAACAGCACCGGUCGUAACCCCCGCCGCGGCACGACAGCGAAGCCAUACCGUAUCUGGACGAAGACCUAUUGAUUCUGGGUCCCGACAAGGGAGUCGUCGGGGAACCCUAACUGAUGGGAGUCGUCCAAUGUAUCGAGAUGAUAUUUUCUUCACUGGAUCGCUAGUCCGCAUACCGCAAUACCAGUCACAAACAUCGUUGGGAUACCAUAUGUCUGUUACUCGUUUGCCUACUCAGAAUGACGUCGAAGAAGCGGAAGAACAGUCUUGUAAAAUUUGCCCCGAAGCCGUUAGGCGUACACUUGCCACUAUGUUAGACAUGACCCUGUUGAGAUCGCCAUCCUUCAUGCUGCUCGCUGUUAGCGGGUUCUUCACGAUGAUGGGCUUCUUUGUGCCGUUUAUGUACGUUACACAGCGGGCUGUAUCGGGAGGAAUGGAUUCCCAAAUUUCGCUGUUUAUUGUGUCCGCGAUUGGUAUUUCAAACACUAUUGCUAGGAUAGUUUGCGGGUUUUUGAGUUCCUUCAAAAGCGUCAACGCUCUUCAUCUUAACAAUGUUGCCAUCACUAUGGGCGGUAUAGCUACAAUGCUCAGCGGACUCUACAUGACGGAGGCAUAUCAGUUUACAUAUGCCGCAAUAUUUGGACUAGCUAUUGCAUGUUUCUCGGCUUUACGUUCGAUUCUGGUUGUGGACCUUAUGGGCUUGGAGAAACUGACCAACGCUUUCGGAAUACUGUGUCUGUUUCAAGGUCUUGCUGCAGUUCUCGGUGCACCAAUAGCCGGAUUCUUUACCGACCUCACCGGAAGCUAUAAUGUCUCGUUUUAUAUCAGUGGAGCAUUGAUCACAAUUUCGGCCGUUUUAUGUUAUCCGUUGAACAUUGUCAACCGAUGGGAAAAGAAACGAGCUGCCAGCAAGAAGUCGGCCGCGGUAUAGAUACAAGAAUGUUGAAAAGGUCUACUCAUAUUGGAAAAGUCUACAGGUUUAUUGAAAAGCCACAACAGUAGAAUUGGUUGAAUCCGUGCGAAGGAAAACCGAAAGCAAUAUUCUAGUACUUAUACGAUUUGCAACAAACAAAAAUUACAGUUCUGAACGAAUUUUUGGAAUCGAACCUUACUGUUUGAUUGUAACAUUUCCUCAACAUCACAUGCUGGAGAUCGGGUGAACUGAUCGUUUUUACACAUACUACACGUUAACAAUCGAAUCAUGCAUUAUAGGUUUAGAUAAACGUUGGUGCUAAUUUAUACAUGCACCACAGCUUACAUCAUACUGUUUCAAACGUAUCGGAAGGGGUGCUGAAAACGCUUUAGUUUGAGUUAUUUUUAUUUAUUUAUGGCUUGAUCCAAAUGAAGAAAAACUAUCAGACGGAUAUUAAUCACAUGCCAUACAUAGGCACGAUGUUUUAUUUUCUAUUCGUAAAAAAAUAUGUUUAGGUUGUCUCAGUAGCUUUGAAAUGAUACAUUUCGAGAAAUGGUAAGGUUGUCAUAACUGCAAAAUUUGAAGAAAUAGUUCUAGUACAUAGACAAAUCGAAAAAAAAUCAAAUUGAAAUCUUACAUCUGGUCACUUAUCGGAAUGUUAUUCUUUCUAAGAAUUGUUUGGUUUAAUGUACAUAUUUUUCCUGUUCCAUAUUAUUUUGAGCUCUUUAAAGUAAGUGACGAAAAAUAGAUGAUGGCCUUUCCAUCAGUAUGAUAUCAGCACGUAUAUACAGGAAAAGAAAUAUAUUUGUUGAUAUUGUUAAGAAGACCAGUAGAAACGGUUAUCUGAAAUCGAAAUUGAAGUCUGUUAAUAUUGGAUAAAUGAACACCAUCCAACCGUCCCGUUGAAAUAUCUUUCAAGUGUGCAAUCUAUUCUUCUUAAGAAACGUGCAAUCAGUUUUCAGGAAUCAAGCAUAUUUUGUAGCUGCUAACAAAGCGUUUAAACAGGUACUUAUGCCAUCUUAUAAUUAAGUGCUAUUGUGUACUAGUAGCUUUCUGAGUUAAUCAAUACAACAACAGCCUCAAGAAAACAUCUCAGAGCUCACUCUCGAAUCAUAUGUUUGAUCCGUAAUGAAAUCUGCGAAAGCCAUAGAUGCCAGUGUCCAAUUCAUUUCCUAUUACGCAUAUCGAAAAUGUUAGAUUCUUCUGGUACUAUUAAUAAUGCCCGGAAAACACAGCACUUCUGAUCAACAAGCAGAUAUUUUUGACUGAACGAGAUUCGUCUUUUUAGAAUUAAUAGACUGUAAACUGCCAGCUGGAUUGAGCUCUGCAGUUCUAAACUAGGAGUAUUCUGUAAUAGUUUUUAUUCAUAUUGAAAAAUAAUGUUUUCAAAUAAACAGGAAAAAGAAAUUACA